AGGGUGUUAAUUUAUAAUCAGUGUAUUCAUUAUUAAUAAAGUUAUUUUAGUUUAAUACAUCCGUGUGUUCAUAAAUUCACAACACCAACUAUGCGCAAAAUUUUAAAACACUUUUAUUAAUGAUUAACUGGGUAUAAGGUCAAUUGAUAUUUAUGUACGAUUUCUAAGCAAACAGCAUUCAAAUUCAGAUGCUUUUAUUCUUAAGUUUUUAUUUGAAAAACUUAAAUAUGGAAGGGCAAGGACGGACUAAUUUUAAUAUAGAGCGUGGCCUCCAAGCCAUAAAUAAAAUGUAAUAUCUAUUUAAUAAUGAUUCAUAAUUUAGUGAUCUUUAUCAACUUCGUUUCUUUUUAUUUUUGACAGAUUAGCUGCAUGUAUUUCUUGAAAUGUGAACGCAUUGUGUAGAUGUAUCAUCUUCCUUUGUCGUAGAGUGUAGAGUAAAUCAAAUGAUUGACUGUAUUCCUAACAACGAUUUUUCUAUGGAAAAAAUGUGAAAUGGAACAGGGUUGCAACUAUCCGUUGUCGUAGCAACGAAAAUGACAACAAGCACAACAAGUAACACACUGCACAGGCCAAAGUGGUUCGUGGCAAUUAAAAUUUCGUGCCAAUGUCUGAGGUACUUCCUGAAGUUAUUCAGAAAACUCAAAAAUCACUGGGCAAAUAUGUUAAAAAGCCUGUUUUAACAGAUAAACUAUUAAAGAGGCCUCCGUUUAGGUUCCUACACGACAUAAUAAAAACAGUAGUUCGAGAAACAGGUUUCCUAAAAGGUUUAUUUUCAGACGAGGAACUAAAUUCUGAAAGUGUUAAAGAAAAAGAUGCGAAAAUUGCGUUUUUAACUAAACUUAUUGAUGCCAUUAAAACUGUGAUGAAAACAGAUUUGAAAGUUCGGCCAAAUAAAAUCGUCGCUGGUCUCGAACCAACUGAAACCAACAUACUUUUGCAAACUAUCGCCAAAGGCAUAGACAGAAAAAUUGAUAUGACCGAUUAUGUUACAAAAGUUACCUCAGAUAAAGUCAAUAUUAAAGAUAAAACUGUAAAAAAGGGUAGCAAAAGAGACCAAAAAUUAGCUUCCAAUCACGAUGCUAAGACCGAAUCGGUCGGGAGCACUCACCCAGAUAGACUUAAAUCUAAAAACAAAAAAACUGAAAAAAACUAUAACUUACAAGAGAAACUGAUAAAAGAAAAUGAAAAUUUUAUAAAAUUGGGAGAAAACCUUAUCAAUGAAGUUGUAAAAGAUGAAAAAGGUGACAAGCUGCCACAAAGCACUGAAAUAGGAAAAACAAAUGUCCCAAAAGAUAGCCCAGAAAAUUCAAGAGGUCAUGAACCAAUAUCGAAAGAAUUGGCAGAGGAAGUGGCAACUGAGGAACAAAAAAGUAAACCAAAUGUUUUGAAAAAACAAAAUAGUAUAAUUUUGAAUAGACCUAAAUCUGCUAAACCGAAAAAUGAUAAUUCUACAUUGCUACCAGAUGAAGGUGAAGCUGCCAGCGCAGAAGAAGAAGAAAAGGAAACUAAUGAAAAUAAUACACUGAUGGAUAUGAAAAACGCAGUUUUGUUGAAAAGGCCAAAAAGUUCUCUAAGACCUCCAAGUGUAAGACCAUCCAGUGCUAGACCAGGAGCUCCACGUUUGCGAUCCGAUUCUUCAUUACCAUUUAGUGAAUCCAUCCCCAUGGGCAACAUCCAGGUUAUUGUGGAAAACUUCGAUCCUUCAGGAGCAGACGAUGCUGAGAUGGUUGUGAUACAGGAUGUUUUGGAAAAUGUCAGAGAAGACAGUUCAAAUACUACAGAGCUACUAGAGAUUACGGCCGACAACAAAGGUCAGUUGGUAGAAAAAAUUUUAGAACAAAUUGAAGAAAGUGAAGACGAUGGUUUCAAGAAGAAAAUCGAUAUUGAUUGGGAAUAUGAAGGAUCAAAAGGAAGGGAUGCCACGACUAAAGAAUUAUCGCAGCUGAGGGUCCUCAUACAAAAACUAACAAGUACGGCGAAUCCGCUGGGGAAACUUAUGCAUUAUUUACAUGAAGAUCUUGACGCUAUGUAUAACGAAGUGCAAACGUGGUCUAACACCAAAAGGCAACUUUCUGUGGAAAUUGCAAAGGAGAAAAAAGCCAACAUUGAGUUCAACAAACCUUUGUUUUUACACUUGGAGCGUCUUCGAGGCGAAGUUAAAAAAGUUGAAGAACAAAUUCUAAUAACCAGGGGCAAUAUUUUACGAAACGAAGAAAAGAUCAAGGAGCUUAUGUCUAAAUAAAAUUGCGUCUGUUAUAAUUAAUUUAUUAUUAUACUAAUAUACAUUCUCUUUUCAAAAAUUAAGUAGAACAACGUCAAAUUGUCAUAUUUGAAAUUUGAAGCAUCUGUUUUGAUACUUUGACGUUGCCUUGUUAUUUUUUUUUGUAAAAUGACAUGAGUGAUUUUAAAUUUAUAUAUAGAAUAUAAGUAGACAGUUUUCUAAAACUUAACGAUGGUUUUAUUUUUAAUGAUACCACACACUAAAAUUGACUGCCAGAUGAGGCGAGUUUAGUUUUAUGUUCAUUAUUACGGGGGCGUUUAUGGUUAUGUUAACCGUUAUAAUAUAACAUAUUGCUUGUGAGUCAGUGAGUUACAUCAUAAAGAAAAUGAAGUAAUUAUUUUUUUAAGAGAAUUAAAUGCAAUCAUCAGCAUUGUCUGAACCAUAUUAGGUCCAAAGAUCUGCCUUAAAGGCAUUAAAAAAAAAUCAAAUUUUUAUGUUCCCCUUUUUGGAAACUUGAUCUGCUCACAAAUCGUAAUAUUCUACAGCAUCCUUUUAAAAAACAUUGCGAUAGCGACGAAAUUUUGUUCAAAAGCUCUUAAGUUUCACACUGUGAUCUAUAUCGCCUUCCAACUGCAAAGAUAAAGCAGUUGCGCAAAAAAAAAUUAAACAAAUUAUGUUUUUCGUUACUAUAACAAAUGGUAAAUGUUCGGAAGGUACUAGACUGAACUGUAAACUAUGUAAUAUAUGAGGCUGGUUGUCCUGAGACAUCAAUUUCAUCCUUAGCAUUGCCUAUUU